AUGUCAAUGGCCGCCUACAAGACGUCCACAUACCACCAUGAUUCAGACCCCGAAGACGAAUAUCUGCACCCGACAUAUCACUCGCCAACUCUCCCGCGCUCCACCCUGCACGACGACGAUCUUGACGACGACGACAUGACGACCAGUGCUGAGCACACGCCCACCACCUUCAGCCACUCGCUAUCGCAUUCUCUCAACCCAAGCCCGACAGGCCUCAUCACUCAAUGGACUGCUGAGCAGGUCGCCGACUGGGUCGCUUCUCUGGGUCUUACACAGUAUGCCGACGCCUUUGUUGACGAGGCCAUUACCGGUCUGGCCCUUGUCGAGAUGCAACACCACGACUUUAAAGAGAUGGGCAUUAUGAGUGUGGGUCAUCGUUUGUCUCUGCUCAGAGGCGUAUACGAUAUCAAAAUCAAGCAAAACAUUCCUCUGGACCCGGAUCAUUACGUUCCCUUGUCCGCUGGAGAUAAUGCUUUGGAUAUGACAGCUACACAGGACGACAUCGCCCGUAUCAUUGAGUCAAUCCGUCUACGCGACUCACGCAUUCUAUCAGCCGAGAUUGAGCUUCGGACUCUGCGUGACCAGUUCGACCGCAUCUCCGAAGAGAACAGAAAGUUGCGUGAAGAUACUCUGCCUGUCAUUCGCAUGGUCAAGGACCGUUCUCAACUACCUCCUACUCCGGCAGACGGACUCGGCACCCCUCCAGCAGACAUCAAACCUGAAAAGAUCACCAGUGGCUUGUCUCGCAAGUUCUCGACCAAGAAGCUCUUCCUUGGAGGCGCCCCCAAGAACCCCUCACCGACUAUCCACGAGUCGUCCACUCUCGAUCCAUCUGCUGCUGCAAUGGCUGCCACAUCUCACCUGAACCCUUCGCAUCCUCAAAACUCGCCCAACCAACUUUCACAACCAUCCCCUACAUCUCCCGCAUAUGCUUCUUCGGCACAGGCCAUGUCCGCCGGCAAUCGUUCUUUCCCACGCGAUGUUCCUCCAUCAGCUCGCCCUUCAUACAUCGAGGACCCACGUCAAUCGCAUGUAUCUCACGCACCAUCUACAACAGCUCUCCCAAGCCGAAGAACAGCAGCAACGCCUGUGCCUCCACAAGAAGACCCGCCAAACAGUGCUCCACUACCACGUUCCACCAGGGAGAAGGACAAUCCACAAGUAGAGAUCUUCAAGUCUUUCCGUGUGAGCAUCGAAGAUCCAUGCCACAAAGUCUUGCCUGUAGCUCUGCAAAGAUACAACAUCAACGACGACUGGCGCCAAUACUCUCUAUACAUCGUCUACGGCGAUCAAGAACGCUGCCUAGGCUUGGAAGAGAAACCACUCAUGCUGUUCAAGCAACUUGAACGUGAAGGUGGUAAACCAAUGUUCAUGCUUCGCAAACACGCAGCUCCUCUUGGUGAAGGUUGGUCCGCCAAUCGCACCGUUCCUGCGUCAGAGAUGCAAAAUGCAGGUUCCAGCAGAGAAAGCUUGAGGAGAGAGAAUGCAGAUAGCGGUCGAGCAUUACCUGGGGGUGUUCUCUAG